CCGGGAAUCUAGUGGAUGGGGACAUCUCUCUGGUGGGUUCCCAUGACUGGAUCCAUCUCUUGGAUGCAUUUCUGUUUUUCACCCUAAACCCCAAAGAUUAUAGAACAAAUUUAUAAAAAGGAGCAAGAGAUCAUCUCAUAGCUUGAAAUACAUUUUUUAGGUCUACAUGCUGAGUCCCACCUACCUGAUGAUGGUGAGGGAUGGUGUGACCUUCCUGUGUGGAAUAAUGGGAAUACAGAGGACGGGGACAUCUCCCUGGUGGGUUCCCAUGACUGGAUCCAUCUACCUGAUGAUGGUGAAGGAU